AUGAGUUUAAUUGCAUGGAUCACAAAAGGUAGCAAUAACUGUUCCCGCAUACUGGUGACAGCAGUCGUGUUUCUAGUUACUGCUGCUGUUGUCAAUGCGCGUCCUUCCUCCCACUACUCUGCUCAAAAACGUGGUACAGGUGUCAAGUUUUAUGUUCUUUCAGAAUCAGAUUUCUGCUCAUAUCUGCCAAAAGAACCAGGGCAGCUCAUAUCUGAAUCUGAGGAUGAUGCGACAGCCUUUUGUACGGUUUCCCAUGAUGAUCAAACAGAGACCUUUCCUGAAGGUUUCAUAAAGUCCGCGCAUUUUUAUCAAACAAGUUCAUUUGUUCAAGUCACAGGCCAAAUAGACCAUACUGCAUAUGAUAUCCAGACAGGCGACGGAGGAGGCCAAUAUGAUCAGAAGAAUUUACCUAAUGCUGUCUGCAAUGACAAUCUCAAGUACUGGGUAAAUGUAAUAGAGCCGGAUAGCGAUAGAUUUUGUAUAAGGUGCUGUGAAAAGAAGGAAGAUUGUAACAUUGGUAUUUCAACCUACGGAUGUGAAAGAAUAGUUCCUGGAGACUAUGACUAG